CUAGGAAACCAGCGCUGUAAAGCGACCGUUAGAUUCAGCGCUGCAGUUUGCCUGGAACCCGCGGGAUAUACACAAGGAACCCAGUGCCCUGCUCUAGUCUUCUUGAGUCUGAGAUGUCCAAGCAAGAGAGACCACAAUGGCUUCUAGGUCACCCUUCUGAUUUGAGUCGGUCUGUAGACAACUUCACUUUCGGAAUUCCUACAGGAGAUCAUUCCCACGAGACUGUGAAUCACUCAGAACAUUCAUGUGACACAGAUCCACUAACCGUCUCUGAGGAGGAACUGCGUGCAGAGCUGUCUCUGCUAGGGUUUGCAGAUGUCCCUCACCACAAACUCUUAGAAUUCAAGCAGGACCUUGAGAGACUAAUGGCUAACGGAGUUAGGGGAUCUGCAGUUCAAAGGCAAGCAGACAAAACGCAGAGCAUCACCCUUGCAAAUCCCCCACCUGAGCCUCACUCUGACUGGGGUCGGCUGUCACCUUGGGUCUCCUCUUCAAGCGCAGAGUGGGGAGAUUGUCAUAGGGAACAAGACACCUACUGCAAACACACAGUGAAUGUUCCUACCCAAGUACCAGGGUCUCAAAGACCACCAACCAUGACACGCAAAGUGUUGCGCAGAAAGAAUGAUGGACUGACUCAUGUGAGUGAUGAAUCGUUCGUCUACAGUGAGACGGAAAGUAUGGAUGGAACUACUGGGACAUCUUCUGUUGGGGAAUCGCAAGCCUCCAGCUGUUUCAGCUCCUCACCUGACUGCAUCACAUCAUUUAUUCGACCUCCAACAUCCUCCCUCCUCAACAAUUACAGGCAUCGGUCAGACCCUGUAGGCCGUUACCAGAAGUACAAACAAAGCUGGGAUGCCCUACAGGGUGCACUGGUGAAGGAGAGGAAAGAGGUUUGUUGGAAAGUUAAAGAGCAGAUGAUGGUGCUACCCCCUCAGGCUGUCCCCCGUUCCCUCCCAACACCCAACCUAUAUGUGGUGCCCACAGACAAGAAGAGGUAUGGACUUCGUUGGGCCAUCCGUCGUGCUAUGGUGAAUGGUGUUAUACCCAGAGGGAACUGCUUGUAAACUGGCUAUAUGUUGUUAUGGCUUUUAUGGUUUUGAUAUGGUAGAUGUGAAAUAAAAUAAGUAUUUUCAUA